AUGAAGCUGCCCCUCGGAGUUGUCCUCUCGGUUAUGCUCCUCCUGGGGCUAAUCUGCGCCGAGGGGGACCCCCCCAAGCCACGCAGGAGAGACAAAUACAGGAACAAAUUCCGGAAGCUCCACAAGAUACCCACCUUGAGCAACGACUCGGAUCGAAACUUCCUGCAGAUGAAGUCCGCGCACAUUUAUAACCCCUCCAUCGCGUACAGAGACCUCUUCGACAACAACUCCAUGGGGACGUCCACCAUUUACUACAACCGCCUGAUGUGGGGAGCCGUCAUCUUCCUAUUCAUGUUCAUACUGGUGAGCAGCAUAGGGGUGUACCUUUACGUGAAGAGCUUGGAGAGCAGCGCGCCGAAGAAGAGGCACGUGAAGAACGCCACAAACUACUACGUCGUCAACCCGAUCGUGCCCUACGCGAACGGCCCGCGGAACGAUCAGCGGAACGAUCAGCGGAACGAUCAGCGGAACGAUCAGCGGAAUGAUCAGCGGAACGAUCAGCGGAACGAUCAGCGGAACGAUCAGCGGAAUGAUCAGCGAAACGGCCUUUCCGCUGUCAAACUGAAGGACAACCAGUGGGAUGUGUCCAACUACAAAAACGAAAAGCUGGUCACACUCGACCAAGUGGAAGUGAACAACGCAGUGAACAUUUACCACUGCGAAGGAAGCACAUUCGUAAUUGAAAAUGAAAAAUUCAAAUCGCUAGCUAUGCACAAGUGCGUCAAGUGUAACGUCGUUUUGAAAAACUUAAUUUCAUCCAUCGAAAUAAUUAGCUCGAGUAAAGCCAAGGUGCAGGUGCUGGGUAAGUGCUCUUCCAUUUCGAUUGACAAGUCUACGGGGGUGCAGAUUUAUCUGUCUAAGGAGAACAGCGAAUCUGAGUUUACCACCGCGCUGUCAUCCGAAAUGAAUGUUCAUCUUGAAAAUGAAAAUGGGGAGUGGACCGAAAUUACCAUUCCGGAGCAGUUUCAACAUCGCCUGGCAAAUGGGAAGCUCCUCACGAGAGUGUCAGAUCUGUACUCAUUUUGA